AUAAGAUGCUAUGAACAUGACGUAUGAAAUAUUUGUUAAUUUCUUUAAGGUCACUUUUACCGAAACUGCCUUCUCCAUUUUUUACAACAGUAAUAAUUUGCAUGACUUCCAUCGAUAUAAAUACAAAACGAAAUGUUUCAAAGUGCUAUGUAACACUCGAGCUGAUCGUAUUUCAUGUACAAUUUAAAUGCGUGACUCUUAUGUAAAAAAGAUACGCAAAUUUCAAAAUGGAUUCAUGCAUGCACCGCGCAUCGUAAAUGCAAAUGGUUUUUUGUAGCGACAUGUCGUUCGAACUUGCAAUUUCUUUUACAACAUUUCCAUAAUUCUGUGCCGACAUGAUAAUUACAUAUUCAUGAAUAUUUACGUCAGUACAAAUUAACCAGAGUGAUGCUUUCAGAAACUCUUCAUUAAUUUAUACGUCUUACAUAAUGUAUAAAAGUAUUCGUGAAUAUUUGUAUUUUUUAAAUUUUACUGCUGUUACAACUGAUGCAUGUCACUAAAGUUUAAAGAUGACCUAAUGGAAAGGUCUCAGACCUAAGGUCAUAGAGUUCAUUACCUGAAGUAGUGUCAUCCGCAAGGAAUUGUCUAUGUAUAUUGAGUGAAUAUUCAAUUAACACAAAUCCGCAACUGUAAUAACGCGUACGUACAACAUCAAAGAUUUCCGAUUGGCUCGAAACCAUAUACAUACAUAUGUACGUACGGUAUAACUUUGUACCUGGGUUGUACAUAAUAACAGAUACUACCUUUCUCUCGUAUCUUCGUACAGACAACUGUACAAGUACGACAAUCCUCGCAAAAACGAGACCAGGGGCUAGGAUAGUAUAUAACGUUUUCCCAAUUUCGUGUCGGUUUGAAGAACACUUCGAACCUAAACGCUCAAUAGGGAACGCGCAAUAUUCCGAGUUGCGCAAUAAUAUUGACAAUGGUAGAGAGCUAAUGUCGAAAACAUAUACGCGUACGUACAUACGUAUGUAGUGUAUGUAGGCGAGUAAAAUGGACUUCGUGUACCUAUUACGCUGUUAUUCAAAUUGUUUACCAAACAGCAGCGAUAAAAUAUUGGACGAUGCAGAUAAAGCUUAAGGAAGUUGUUUCAUUGAGCUUUCGACCGUAGUUUUUCUAACAAUUAAAACUUGCCACUGACGGACCGUUCCUCACGUUCUAUAAGGAGUUCCUUUGUUUUCUGUGUGUUCAAUAUGAAACAGCAGGUCCCUCCGUUAAAACGAGAUGUAUCGAUCAGAGAAAGUUUAAACUUUAAACAACGGUCGAGGGUCAGUGAACAAAAUCAAGUUCACGGGCACUCCUGCGGAAUUCCUGAAACGUUCGUGGUGUGAUUUUCUUUACUGAACGCGUUGCGCUCGUCCCUGCUUGUCAUCUACUUUCUAUCCUCCUCUGUAUUUCUCUCCCUUCGUGUCUUGUCUCUCUUUCCCUGUGCAUUGGUCCGUUUUUGUCUCGGCGACUGUAACGUGACCAGUGCACGAAAAGUUAAUGCGACAAUUCCAAAUUUUUAUUGGGUGUUCUUUCUUCAGUUUACGUCGUUAUUACAAAAAUUAAUGUACUACUGGUUAAAUUGUACUUUCGCGUGGUAGCGAAAAGUAGACCUCGACCUCCUUUGUUUUGCUUCAAUCAUAUUCUAGCUAAAACUGUUAGGAAUCAUUUCGUAAUAUGCGUAUACAUAUAGAUUGUACGAUGAAUUUCGGUGUCUCUUAGGUGAAUUUGCUGGGUUUUAGAUCUUCACUUGCUCUGCUCCGUUUCUCCACCUACUUCCGGUGUAGAUGCCAUUAAUAGAAUUAAUAAAUCUCAUCGGAUAGAGAUGCAUUUCGAUUACUAUUGAGAAUAUGUUUUUUAUCUCCAUCUCUUCUGCUUCAAUCGAUAAUGCUAUGAUACAUGGCACGAUAUGUUUUUGUAUCAAAGUAAUAGCAUUCAUCGAAUUUACUUCUGCUGGUAUAUAUCAAGCAUGGAAUAUAUUCCCACAAAGAAUAGUGGUUCAUUCUUUCAUGCUUCAUCGUGCUUUGGAGAAAGAAUGCUAUCGAAAAAUAUCUACGUACAUACGGACACAUAUGUAGUACACAUGUGCCAUAGUACUGUAUCUAGACUGGAAUGUACGAGAGACUGCUAUACGAAAAACAAUGAAUUGGCUGAACUCCUGCUGGCUGGACUAGAAUAACGAAAUGCAUUCGAGCAAACAGCGAUAGAUGUUGCAAGCGAAAAAGAUUUCGGUUUUUAUACUACCCUUUCUGUACAGCCUGUUCACCAUAAGGAAAGGGCGCCAUGAAGAUUAUUUACAGACCUGAAAUAAAUCCGCCCAGUGACGUGUAAUUGUGACAAUACGUUUCAUUCUCCCUUUCUAAAUUUCUUUUUGUACAUUCUCAAAUACUAUAUUACAAUAAAAUAAUCAAAACGAAAUGGAUUAGAAGUUAUCUAGAUUAUGUAGAUUAUUAUCAUGUACGUUUGUCUUCUAGGAGGAACGAUUUCUUUGAAGAGAUCUAUGAACUCCACUACAAUAUUAUACUUGUCGAAUACCAUUUUAUUUAUCAUUAUCAGUCAAAGUAUUUACAAUAAUCAUUAUAAUUCCUUUCAUUCGAUUCAACGAAAAACAUAAGACCGUUUGUACAUAAUAUUCUGGUUAGGAAGAAAUGAGUUUGGAACAAGUUAACAUCUUUAUAACAUAAUUAUCCAGAGAAGAAAGUGACAUGAAACAAUAGAUAAAAUUUCCCACGUAAUACCCAGGGUCUACUGAUAUCGUGGCAUACCGUUGGUCCGACGGGGUGGGAGUCGUUUGAAACGCAUGCGUAGGAAGCCGCAAGCUAGCCAGCUGUGCACGGAUGUGAAAUGCAGUGGUGGCUGCUAGGAAAGCAAGCGAGCGAACGAGCGAGCAAGCAAGCAGCCAGACUGCCCUCCUGUCUCCCCCACCCCUAACAUGCCUCGUGGAGCCCAUGGCCUCCGUACACACGGAGGAGAGUGAGGCAGCCCCAGCCGCUCCUCACGUCAUCCGCUGAGAGAGAGACGACGGGUCUCGACACAGCGAGGAGCAAUAAUUCUAACGAGCCAAGAUGGCGGCGGACACGGUGGCCCUGUCCGCGUUCACGCUCGCCAGGGGCGACAAGAUCCUCGUGACCGUCGAGUCCGCGCUACCGGACAUCGUCGUCGUGUCCUUUGUCCACGGUGCCAAGUGCUUCCAGGGCGCGUUGCUCGACGCCACCAAGAGAGGCCUCCCUUGUGGCGUGCAACCCCCGGAGCCGGUGCCGGACCCGGAUGGCGACAAAUUGGCCACCAUCGCGGCUCGCUUCAGCUACUUUCAAGAGAGGAAGAGCACACUGACCACCACGAAAGUCGAUCUUCGUAGAAACAUCAAUCCGCCUGCGAGGUACAAGAAUGCGAGACCAACGGUCCGGCUCAGGCCGCGGCAAGUACUCUGCAGCAAGUGCAGAUCGAUCUGCAACGAGAAUAGCGAGAACGUGGACGUCAGCAGGAAACGGAAGCACGACGAUGUACACCAGGAACAGCAGCAGCCGCAGCAACAACAACAAGUCACGGGCCAUGGACCAACCAGAAGAAGCGAUCGACGCUGUGGUCAGCAGCCGCAAAAAAGCUCGAGGAUACUGUUCUCCGAGUGUCAGUCCGAGAACAUCAACGUGUCGUCUCAUCAGACGGUUAAGUCCUCCUCGUCCAACGCGCUGAGCCUUGAUUCAUCGAAACUUGGACCGUCUCUCAUACCGAAAAUCUCGAGGCUUCAACCGAACGAGAUUAACAGCGCCGUACAAGGAAAUGAGAAGGUGAAAAUAGGUCAGUCCUAUUGGAACAACAGAGCCGACGAGGGUGAUUCCUCGUCGAACGCGAUGGAGCCGACGGAGGAGCGGAUAGAAUCGACAGAUUGUGACAGCAAUCUGUCGGUAGCUUACUGUGCCACGCCUAGAAGGCUCAGCAGUUCUUCGGUGGAGAGCGCGAAGAUACCUGAGGAAGAGGAGAAGAAAACGUUCGCGGCUGCAGACUCGACGAUGAGGCCGAGAACAGGCCGCGUGCCACGGAAGAAACGAUCUGUCGGAUCUAUGGAGGAUUUAUGGGACGAAACUGUGUUCGAGGAUCCGACGAGGACGGCCAGGGCCACACCGGUAAUCAAGAUCUCGUUUGGCGCUCAGGGCGAGGGUACUGUUCUCAAGAUACCUUCGAAGAUUCAAGACCCGGAGUACGAACACGAAACAGACGAUGCCGAGGACGCGCAAACGGAAACGGAGAGGGACCCGUUGGAAUUACCGAGGAGCUUCGAUAAUGAUUACGAUUACCGCGAAGACGGAGAGGAUGAUGGGCAGGAGCAGGUGGAUCCGCAGAAACAAGGUGUAAAAGACGCAAGCGCUAAAGCUGCGAAGCGUGCGUUGAAAAAGGCUAAAAAGGAAGCCCGGAGGAAAAUGCUUGGCGGAGUUUCGCCGGCGAGGUCUCCCUGUAACGGGUCCCCACGGUACAACCCCACGUACGAUUCUUUAUCGUAUCAUCGGCGCAAGCAUAAAGUGAAGCAUAAAAAGAAACACAAGGAGGAACGGAAGCAUAAGAACCAGUCGCAAUCGCAGCAUCAGCAGCCUUCGCCGGAAUCCGGAACUACAGAGAAUCAGCAAAACUGGAACGUACUUCCGGGCAGUGAAUCGUACACAGCCAUAAAGGAGCAGUGCCUGAAGCAAAAACUAUCCAUAUCUCUCAAGAGAUUGAACACGAACGCUUAUGCCAGAUGUGAUUAUCCAGUGAGCAACUCGUCGGGGUGCAAGACUCCCGGCGCCAGUAGCGACGAGCUGAGCGAGCAAGAACCGGAAGUCGAUGCGGGCGAGACCGCUCCGGACUUUCCGCCUGAAUCCCAUCCACUGAUGAUGCGGCUGGCAGCGACGCCCGUGGAACAUUGUCUCACAACAAACGGUCGAAGAAUGGAUGUCGGCGAUGUGGUAUGGGGAAAAAUUCAUGGUUUCCCUUGGUGGCCCGCGAAAGUUCUUAGCAUCACAGUUUCUUGUAAAGAAGACGGUACCUCGUCCGGGCCGCAAGCUCACGUCGCGUGGUACGGUUCAUCGACGAGUUCUCUCAUGUCGUGCGAUCAGUUGAGUCCAUUUUUAGAAACAUUCAAGACGCGGUACAACAAGAAGAAGAGGGGCCCGUAUAAGGAGGCGAUAAGGCAAGCGCAGAGUGAGGCCCGAAGUCAAAUCACGCCUAACUCGACGAGCAGCGUGCUAAACGUGUGCGGGUCACCGCGCGAGGUGAACGUUCUCUCCUAAGGGAAGGUGCGCACGCCAUUCAACACCAUUCCUUCAACUGCCGGGUAUAUAAUCCGUCGCCGGAGAUUUUUUCACUUCCUAACGGCGGAUCGUAAUCGUCAUGUAAUAUACGAAACAAAUUUUUGUACAUAUUUGAAAACCUUAGCGAUUAAUGAAAAAUAGCUCUUGAUCGAUGUUCUAAUUCAGUUCAGCCACGCCUGUCGUCGUCGUCGUCCGCGUUCUAAGUAUAUGUAACGACUAUAAGACAAACCGGGUGAGACGCUGAACGAAGCUUACUGCCAUCACUGGCGUGGUAUUUUUUUAUUUUUAGCUUUUUUAGAACGAGAUACUUAGCGCGUAAGGCGUAUUUGGAUAGGAUAGAUAAUAUCUAGGGAUGACACGUCAGCUCUCAGAACAUAAUUUUUCUACUAAAAGAAUCCUUCUUCCGUUGGUCAGACUCGGACUCUUUUUCGACGAAAUAUGCAAUAAUUGUUUCCAUUAUGUUUGUUUUUAUUAAUGAUCGAAUGCUUUUUGAAGCAGAAGUAAAUAUAUAUAUACGCUUUUUAAUUAUCGUUACAUUUGUAAACGUAAACGUAAAUACGUCUUUUAAUUAUCGGUAUAAAAAGUCGGUCACCGUUAAAUUUAUGAAUCGUGAACGAAUGAUCGAUUUCUGGGAGCAAACAUUCCAAAAAUUGUUCAGGAAGUUAAUUCGGAAUGCAUUGUCCCAUUAUUAUUCGAAUGGUAAAGACGUAGACGCACGGGUGUCAUAGUGUCAUGACUAAUACUUUGGUGAUGCUCGUUUACUUAAAUUCUUUGUAUGUGGGCAUAAAUAUGUACAUACAUAAUAUACGCGUAUAUAUUUGCAUUACAUAUUUUGCACGACGUUAUUGUGAUCAAGUACAAGCGUACGGAGAUUCAUCCAGUGCGGGUAGUGAAUUUUCGCUACGGUCUGUAGAUCGUUCACGACUCGAUUGGUUGCUCGUCUCUCUGAUCGACAGAACUUAGAACCUGGACAAUACACCCUCGAAAUAAUUCGUGAUACUUCUAAUCGUGUAAUAUUUGUGAAGCUUUAAUUGGAGACGUUAUAUGUUUCAACUUGCAAAACGAGUAACAUAGCUCAGUGAAUAGAUUGAUUAGUCGGAUAUCUAAUACAAUUUUUUUUUUUAAUUGGGACGGAGGAGACGGUGAGAGAAAUAGGGUACGUUAGUAAUCCAAUCUUCGAAUAAUUAAACGCGUUUAAGUGUACGUAAUAUCAAAGCACUGACGCGCAAGCCGUUUGGCCUAAACCUAAACCAAUUCUCUAAUUAUUUCGAGUAGUACACGUACGUACGUUGUCAAGUGCUCGAGCCAGGUGGUGAUAAAACAUUGUGUCGGACGUAACAUGGUUUCGAGUUACGUGGCUCGUAUUUUACAACCAUGUCUGCUUCGUUCACAAGUUAUGUUUUUACGCUCAGUUUCAACACUGCCAGGAUUUUAAGCGCUCUGUUUCUGUCUUUUUUCGCCAACACGAUUCACGUCGAGUCAGACGAUGCGGCUUUUUGACCGAUUCUGUAGUUCAACCGAAUCGCUACGGGUUGUAACUCGAUUAAAUUCCGGAUCACAAAUUCUUUACGAUUGAUCUAUUUUUAUCCUCUCGUUGAAAGACAAUGGAAGCUCAUUUGUUUCUAUUAAACGAUCGUCUUUGUCAUAAUAACAAUGACGAGAAUCUUCUUCUAUUACUCUUAAAUAUCCCGGUACAUUCGUAGUUCAGCUUCGCUGUUAUUAAAAACUUUAUUCCUUCCAUUUCAUAAGGAAAUUGUUGCUUCAAUCGUAAUUAGUACUUAAAUUUCCUUCAUCUCUCUUCUUUAAAAUGAAUAUUAAAAAUUUGUCACUGCCUCGAACUGAUGUUUCUUCCAUCUUUAAAACGUAGUUUAGCUUUCUCUAUUUAAGCAGCUGAAGAAUUGCAGUCAAGUUUCCAAGUAAUUUGUGUUCAUAAAGAGAAAAUCAUUAUCGAGUCAAGAAUGCACGUGUAGUGGCUACGUAGGAGUUGUACUGUGAAUGAUAUUCAUGUCACAAAGAUUUUAUGUUAGGAGAGAAAAAUACAAUGUCUAAUUAAAAAGCAUUUCGUUAGAAGGUACAAUCUUUGUAGCCACUGUGAUCUGCCUAAAAUAGAGAAACGAGGAUCGUCACGUGACGGGAGUAUAACUAUCGUGAUAUCGAAUCAACAUUUUGUACGAUAUCAGCAAUCACGUGCAAAUCUCACGCUCGAUGUUUGCUCAACGCUUAAACGUUCUCGUAAUCUAAAAGUUGUCACUGGCCAGACGGCGGAUUUCGUCCCUCUUGGUCUUCUUCAUUCAAACCCAUCCCUUUUCCCAAUUUCGUAUAACAAGAGCUGCGGAAAAUUUCUUUGAAAAAUAAAUAACUCGAAAAUCCAAUGGCCAAUUUACAAUUUGUUUUAUCAGACAGUAUUAAAUAAGCAGGUAGAUUUUUGUUAAUGGACUUCGACGAUGUCGCCUAUUUGAUGUAUUGACAAUUAAUUCAUGUUUAUUUGACUUGGCGAUCAAUUGUUUUUGAUCACGAGAUGCGAUCUAAGGUUCGAGUCGAAUUGUUUCGAUGACAAUGAAUGGAUUAGUGAAAAUCGAUGUUAUAGUAGUAAUUUUUGCAAUGGCAUUAAUUGGUUAAGAAUUGUUUUUUUAAAUUGCUUAUAUUUUUUACGUUUCUAUGUAUUAUUUUUGUCUUUGAUUAUUUAGACGCAAGUUAGGUAUUGUUACUUUGUGUUUAUCUUCCUUUCUAAGGAAGAAUAAGAAAAUGCUAAUCUAGAGAAUCAUUGGAUAUAAUAUAUUAAGAUAUCUUUUCAAAUUUCGAUCGUUUCUAUUAUUAGGAUCAAAUACUAAAGAAAAACCAAGAAAAAAAAUUAGGUGUGCGUGGAAGAAAACUAGACCCAGAAUCAAGCAUGGGCACAGCGUAUCCUAUAAGGAUUCGUGAUGGGAAGGUUGUAUCACAGAUUUCCGUGAUAUAUCUGCCUUUCCGGCCUACUGUAGGAUUUUUACUCAUGGCACAGAGAUCCACUAAAAGGCUCGUCCAUGCUUGUCCUAAGCGCUAAAUCGAUCAUCGUACUUGCUAACGAAAUUAAAGAGAUAGGAGUUGCGUUGUGUGAAAGGCAAGUGAAGAGAAAUCUGGAUAAAAACUGAAAUACACAGACGAAUAGCAGAGUAUGAGUACGUGCGAAUGAAAUACACGUGGGUGAAUGAAAUAGAGAAGCAGGAAGAGGAAAGCGAGAAACUGAGAUGUUUUUAAGUAACUGUGAUUUUUUCAAAUGUUUUAUAUAUAUAUAUAUUAUAUAUAUGUAUAGACAUAUAUGUAUAUUAUACACAUGACGAAUUAAUUUCUACGCAUAAUACGAAUGACGAUGAUGAACGAUAACGGUGGGAAUGUCACCGAGUUUGUACGAACGUCGUAGGAACAUUUUUUCGAUUAACAUAUCGGGUAGAGAGAAGCGUUUCAGCGGCGAGCUAAUCACCGCUGUUAAUUAAUCAUCACCGAUUCACCGUAUUCGAUUCAUGAAUUAAUCGACCCCUACUAUUACGGAUAUAAAUAUGCGCGAGUGGGUGGCGCGUCGCCUAAAAAAACCUUUCUAUACAUGUACCAUUACUCACACGUACACACGAGUUCACGUUCGAUUGUCGGUCGCUUGUAUCAACGUAUGAGAGAAAAGAGCCACGUGUCAUCUGUGUAAUAUCAUUGUAUUCGGUGACACACGUAUACAUGUACACGUACAGACACGUAGAUUCGUUGUAUACUUUCCGUUAUACCUCUAGCGAAAGGAUCGCCACGUUCUAUUUUUCUUCCUCCUUUAACUAAUUUUCCCUUCUCGCCUCUUCUUCUCUAUUUCUCUCUUCUUUCGCAAUCGACCUAUCACAAACUGUUCCUACAAAACGCCACUAUACCACGCUGAACCUCUCGUUGAGCAAUACAAUUGACGAGAUUAUACACCGAGCUGGAAUUACUAAUUUAAGAAUCGAUCAUCAUUUCUGUUCCAACGAUCAACGUCGUUCUUACCGGGCGAUUUACCUGAAUUAGCUUCGGAUUAGGUACUUAAAAAUAAUCGACAAUAGAAGAGAUAAUGUUAUCGCCGUUCGAUCCUCGCACCACAAAAAUAAAUGAUUGUCUUAUUUUUGAUCGGCUAUUGUCGAACAAAGAGGUGAUCAAGGCGAAAAUUCUAUGAUUCUAUUUCAUUCUGAGAAGACAAAUCGUAUACAGCUCUUUCCCAUAUUUCAAUCAACAAAUACAUCUACGUUUAUUAUUUUUCUUUUUAUCAAAGAGCGAAGCAGGACUUCUAUAAAAAAUUACGAUACUUUCUUAAAAUUCUUCUUAGCUACGAGAGUCGGACGGCGAUAUAGGAACGUGGUAAUGGUCGGUAUUGUUUUAAAUAGCGACUACUUCGUUCGCAUAUAGAUAUGUAUAAUUUAAUAAAUCAUCCCCCAUUCUCUUGCUCGGCGAAGGUGCGGCCCUGUCCUGAAAAAGAAGUGUUCAUUUUUCGAAACGAAAUCCACUAUGUGGAGCGGAUCGCAUGCACGCGUAUGUAUGUACAGAUGCAAGUGCUUAAACGCAGAGGCGAAUGAUGAAUUUCCAGGGUCAGCAUUUUGAAGGAAUGUACGCUUUUUCGGACAACGAGGGAAAGAGAAUUUACGAGUACAAAUAAGUAAACCUACAUGAAUAUUUCAAAUGAUAGUAGCAACGUUUUCUCGGUUUAUAGUAAAAAAAAAGUAAUGGCUGUUUUUUAAAUAAUGAAAUCCUAAUAGAUAUUUGUACAUCUCUACCUCCUAGAGUUAUAAAAAAUUGUUUUCGUGUUUUACACAAGCGUGCAAUAUCCGUUAAUUAUUUUAACUUAAAUAUUUUGCGAUGAAGAAAAUUACUCGCACUAUCGAAAAUGAAAAGAAUAAAUAUGCCUAAUCAUCGCCAAAGUAUUUGGCCAUCUUGAAAAUCCGUAAACGACAAAAAUGAUAUAAGUGUCUAGUUUCGUAAAGGAUCAGAUCGCCUAAACUCGACCCGCAGAUACACAUUCGCCGCUGCUGAUUGUAAAACUUCCGGUCACGUCUGUAGGAAAUGACCGCAUCGAUACGAAUCGCUAUACCGCAUACUGGACCUGUAUUUUUUUAAAAUAAAAACAACAAGAAAACGAUUGUCUUGCGAUUCUGCCGAACGAUCGAUCGUCAGACUGCGAAUCUCUGUGCGAUGUCUCAUAAAAAUCGUUUCACUCGUUCUGUUCCGUAUUCCUGUGCACGUGAUCGCAUACAAAUUCGCAGCCUACCAAUCUUGCUUGACGUAGACCAGCGAUUCUUAACAAUCUUUCUCAAGAUUAAAUUCAUGAGAUAAUAGUGUAAAAAUAUUUAUUCGAAAUUGUCUGUUAAGAGUCUGUGCAUUUCGCAUAAUUAUGAUUGAUGUGCUAGGGAAAUUUCUCAUUUUACGAUAUGUAAGUCUCUGGGAUCGCAUGCCGCGGUGUCGUUACAGAAUUAAUCAUGCAAGCCUCGUACAAAGAUCCCGGGUUAAGAAUCGCUGUUGUAGCCACUAAGUAAAUCGGGGAGAAUGAAGGGAGAAGUAAAACGAGUGAAAGGGCGCGAUGAGAGAGAGACGACUGAUGAUCAUUUCAACGGAGACUAAUUCUCGUUGCUACUGCUUUUUACGGAUUUGUAAACAAGAAAAUAGUACGUACACAUGCAUGAUGUGUGCCACGUACACCCAUACAUACACGUACUUACAUGUACAUUACUCGUAAACGCACGAAGGUUCCGGUUUCAUUCGCGAGCUUGAUAACGAUCGAUGGCCAGUACGUUUCAAUCGGGUUGACUAAGACUAGAAUCAAACGAUGGAAGCUCGCACGUCCGCCCUCGCCUUGAAUAAACGAGGACAAAUCGUACGAACCUCCAUCGUUUCGCUCGUGUCACCAAGUCUGAGAAGCAUGCUUCUUGUAAACAGUAAAAGGAAAAAUUGAAUAAAAAUAAGAAGUAGAACACCGAAUGAACCGUCGACACAGAGUCUUGUACAUAUUAUUUUUUUUACUACUGAAAAAGAAUCAUCUGAACUACGAUCGUCUGUUGAAGCGCGCUCGCGUUUCUCCUUGGAUCGAACGAGACGAAGCGAUUCAAUGGAACAAAGAACACAUUGUUAUACUUUCUUUCUGUUUUUUUUUUCCCUUAUUCUUCAAUACUUUUUCAUCAGUAUUUCACUAUUACACGUUUUUAAUAUUUUACAAAAUAUUUUUUUUUUGAUACUAUCAGAUUUCCCUUCGUGUGCCAUUCACUUCGUUUUCAUUCUUUCGGUUUCCCUUAUCGCGGUCGUCUCGUUCGAUUUUAUACAGCUCACGAAUGGUCCUCAGUAACCUUCGGCUCGCUUUUUGAAUUCCAUGAGAUUCAAUUGCAGGGCAUAGAAAAGAGAAAUCGUACCAGCGGGUUAGAGUCUAAUGGAAGUGUUCUACUCGCCAAGAAUAGCGUCAAUAUUUUUUAAGAACGAACUCCUGUCAGAGAAAAUAAAGCAUUGGUUAGCAACAGAA